AAAGAUUUGAAAUUGAUUGUUUGUUUGAUUUAAAAUUAAGCCAUUUUGUAGUGCUGCUUUGAGUCGCUCGUAUUUCAACAUGAACGCUAGAAUAUUGAUUGUGAUGUCACUCCUGUUCGUUACUAGUUAUACUGAAGCGAGCAAUGAAUCAGAUGGGUCACAUUUAAAAAGUUAUGCCAAUAGAGAUGAAACUGAUAGCCAUGCAGCUAGAGCAGAAGCGUCGUCAGCCGUAAAUAGUGAUAGUGAGGGAGAGACAGAAGACAAAAUGGUUAAAGACGUGCCAGAGGAAGCAGGUGCCUCAGUUGAGGAUGCCGAAGAAUCUGAUGGUGGCCAGAGAAGUACGAGAGGACUUAAUCCAGAGGAAUAUGAGCCAAAGGGUGAUCCAAAUGUACAUGGCCGGUUUGAUGAAACCAAUGAGGACGCAGAUUGACAGUUUAAAAAAAUUAUACCAUCUACGUUUGAAAUAUGAUGACUUACCUAAAUUUAUAUGUAUUUUUGUAAAUUGUGUAUUUUUUACUUGUAAGAUAUAUUCUUGUAUUUAACUGUUAUGCGUUGGUACCAACUAUAAGAAUCCGGAGGCACUAAAUGAAAUAAUUAUAUUGUUAAGGAAUAAAUCAUUAUAUUUAAAUUCUAGUGAAAAUUAUAAACUACCCAGAGCUGGA